UAAUGUUUCGGUGACGAACUCGAACUGUGACCAUUAGUGUCCUCUACGCUAAGCUGCAUUUACCCAGUUUGUACAUUCCCAUAGUUAUACUUUUCUCUGCACUGCUAACCACCACAAUCCGAAGUCAUGGCAGGUACUUUGGCACGUAAGGCUGUUGACCAUCUUAAAAGCAAGGAGUUCAGAGAGUAUCUAAUGAGCACACACUUCUGGGGACCUGUGGCCAACUGGGGUCUGCCCAUUGCUGCCAUCAGUGACAUGAAGAAAAGCCCUGAGAUUAUCAGUGGCAGAAUGACCUUUGCUCUGACCUGCUACUCACUCCUGUUUAUGAGGUUUGCAUACAAAGUUCAGCCAAGGAAUUGGCUCCUCUUUGCUUGCCACCUAACCAAUGAGACAGCCCAGCUCAUUCAAGGAUCACGACUUAUCAAAUACAACAUGGAGAAGAAGUCAUCUUAGGGGUGGACAUGAGGAAUAUAUAGUUUCAUUUGGAAACCAGCAUAGUUUGGCCGUAUGGGUUUCGGGUGUAUGGCAAUUUUAUCUUAUCAUUGAAUACCAAUGUAAAACUCUUAAAUUAAAAAUUGUUAAUAAAGUUUCAACUUCUGUUGAAGAUCACCAUGUGUUUCUUCAGGUAUAUAAGGUAAAUGAAUAGAUUUGCCACAUGUAUCACGCACAAACGAAUAAAAUGGAAUGGAAUCUGUAGAGGCCCUUUUACAGAUGUCUUUUAAAGAGAUCGUCUGUAACACAUGCACUGUAUGUUAUGUCCUCAUUUUGAUAAUGUAUUAGCUAUACCAAUAACACAAUCUUUAUCAGAAUGUACUGGCAAUACAAGUGGUACUCUGUUGUGUUGCCAUGGCAGUGUUAUUCCUGAAGAUAAUUAAUAAACCCUUAUCUAUUUCCCAUAAAUGAAACGUCCUCUUACACUGAUCAAACUACAUGCUCAUAAUGUCUAAUAAACUGUCUGAUAUCCA